CGGGCAUAAGGUUAUUUCAGUAAAUUUUCACUGAGAUCGGUUCCUACUUAGGGCGGAGGUGUCUGCGCUCCAGAUAGAAGACGAAGAGAAGCUGAUCCAAAGGAGAAGUUAAAGAAGAGAAUGGCGUUCGCUUCUCGUCUCUUAGCUCGAUCCAGACAGCUGUAUCCUGGUCACAACAUGCUGCAACAUGAGCAUGUUGUUCCGGCCCGUUUCUUUUCCAAGGAAGCUGCCCCCCCUGGUCUCAAGGGAGAUGAGAUGUUGAAGAACAUAUUUUUCGAGGUUAAGAAUAAAUUUGAGACGGCCAUUGGGAUAAUUCGGAAGGAAAAGAUCACCAUAGACCCUGAAGAUCCUGCUGCAGUAGCUCAGUAUGCAAAGGUUAUGAAGACUGUCCGAGAAAAGGCAGAUCUAUUCUCAGAAUCUCAACGUAUACAAUACACCAUUCAGACACGAACACAAGGUAUUCCAGAUGCUCGAACAUAUUUGUUGACGUUGAAGGAGAUACGGAUCAAGAGAGGCCUCAGUGAUGACCUUGGUACCGAGGCUAUGAUGAUGGAUGCAUUGGAGAAAGUAGAGAAAGAACUUAAUAAGCCACUUCUAAGGAACGACAAAAAGGGAAUGGCUCUUCUUUUGGCUGAGUUUGAUAAGAUCAAUAAGAAGCUUGGCAUUCGGAAGGAAGAUCUGCCGAAGUAUGAGGAGCAGCUUGAGCUUAAAAUUGCAAAAGCGCAGUUGGAAGAGCUGAAGAAGGAUGCCCUGGAGGCAAUGGAAACUCAGAAGAAACGUGAGGAGUUCAAGGAUGAGGAGAUGGUUGAUGUGAAGUCACUAGACAUCCGAAACUUCAUCUGAGAUUCCCGAAUUAUUUCGGAGCCAGUGUCCAUCGCACAAUUUGGUCUCUUCAACUGCUUAUUGGUCUAUUUUCCCCAUUUUGCAGGUCAACUAUACUUUGUUAUCUUGAAUCAGAAAUUCUGCUUGUUGAGAAGCUGUUUUAUUUUUCUUGAAUAAAUAUCAUUGAUCAGCUACUAAAGCUGAUUGUGACAAAUAAUCACUUUUUUCUGUUCCUAAUACCAAUGAAUCCAUGGAAGGAGAGUUUCGGGUUGAA